CUCACCACCACCAUUCAACUCACCUUAUCGAAUAGAAUACUAAGUCAACAGCUAGUAUCCUCCACUCUGGCUCGCUCUUGUGCACACGACCGUUGUAUCUUUCCCUUCCCUUGCCUUUCUCUCCCCACCCCCCACCUUUCCUCGCUACCUUUGAUCACGGGCCUUGCGUGCUUUGUGCAACCCCGGCUCGUUUGAAUCCCACCUUCUCCCCCGGACACUUGCAGCUGUCCUUUGCAAAUCCUCGCCAGUAGAUGCUUUUUUCGCACCCUCCAAUCCGCCUUUCUUGGAUAUCAGCUUUCCGAUCGGCUCGCAAGUUACCCCUUCCCCGUUUGAGGCCCUUUUCCACCUCCGCCCCGCGCUUCAUCAUCGAGAUGGAGACCGUGAACACCUCCGAGCGCCUGGCCAAGCUACGGCAGUUGAUGCAAGAGCACAAGGUGGAUGUAUAUAUCGUUCCUUCGGAAGAUAGUCACCAGUCGGAAUACAUUGCGCCAUGCGACGGCCGUCGAGAGUUCAUAUCGGGUUUCUCCGGCUCGGCUGGUACGGCCAUCAUCUCCUUGUCCAAGGCAGCAUUGUCCACAGACGGCCGUUACUUCAACCAGGCUGCCAAGCAGCUUGACAGCAACUGGGCGCUGCUGAAGCGGGGCGUUGAGGGUGUUCCAACCUGGCAAGAAUGGACCACGGAGCAGGCUGAGGGUGGCAAGGUGGUUGGUGUCGACCCAGCUUUGAUUACAGCCUCUGGCGCCCGUAGUCUUUCAGAGACUCUGAAGAAGAAGGGAUCGUCCCUUGUUGGCGUCCAGCAGAAUCUUGUUGACUUGGUCUGGAAGAAUGACAAACCUGCUCCUCCGCGGGAGAAGGUGACUGUUCAUCCGGGGAAGUAUGCUGGCAAGAGCUUCCAGGAGAAGAUCCAGGAUCUGCGCAAGGAACUGGAAAAUAAGAAGGCUGCUGGCUUCGUUAUCUCAAUGUUGGAUGAGAUUGCUUGGCUGUUCAACCUUCGUGGCACUGAUAUUCCCUACAACCCCGUGUUCUUUUCAUACGCUAUCGUUACCCCCACCACUGUUGACAUCUACGUCGAUGAUGAUAAGCUUACGCCAGAGGUGAAGGCCCACCUUGGUCAAGACGUCGUGGUCAAGCCUUAUGACUCGAUCUUCGCGGAUGCCAAAGCACUAAGCGAGGCUCGGAAGCAGCAAGCCGAGGGUGCGUCUUCUAAGUUCCUUGUAUCUAACAGGGCUUCUUGGGCUCUGAGCCUUAGCCUUGGAGGCGAGGAGCAGGUUGAGGAGGUCCGUAGCCCUAUUGGCGAUGCCAAGGCGGUCAAGAAUGAAGUUGAGCUCGCAGGCAUGCGGGCGUGUCACAUCCGUGAUGGUGCAGCCUUGUCGGAGUACCUGGCCUGGCUCGAGAACGAGCUGGUCAAUAAGAAGACAACUCUGGACGAAGUGGAUGCUGCAGACAAGCUGGAGCAGAUCCGAUCCAAGCACGAUCUGUUUGCUGGUCUGUCCUUUGACACUAUCUCCUCCACGGGCCCUAAUGGUGCCGUCAUCCACUACAAGCCCGAGAAGGGAAGCUGCGCCAUCAUUGACCCUAGCGCCAUCUACCUCUGUGACUCCGGAGCUCAGUACUUGGAUGGAACAACUGAUGUGACCCGCACAUUCCACUUCGGCAAGCCUACAGAGCUUGAGAAGAAGGCAUUCACUCUUGUGCUGAAGGGUCUUAUCUCGAUUGACACUGCGGUAUUUCCCAAGGGCACCAGUGGCUUUGCGCUUGAUGCUCUUGCGCGACAGCACUUGUGGAAGGAGGGUCUCGAUUACCUGCACGGAACUGGUCAUGGAGUCGGUUCUUACCUGAACGUGCACGAAGGGCCCAUUGGCAUUGGCACGCGCGUGCAGUACACUGAAGUUCCCAUUGCUCCUGGCAACGUCAUCUCCGACGAACCCGGCUUCUACGAAGAUGGAAAGUUUGGUAUCCGUAUUGAGAACAUUAUCAUGGCACGCGAAGUGCAGACGACGCACAAGUUCGGUGACAAGCCUUGGUUGGGCUUCGAGCACGUCACGAUGGCUCCUAUCGGUCAAAAUCUGAUUGAGCCCUCUCUUCUCACUGAUGCCGAGCUCAAGUGGGUGAAUGAUUACCAUGCUGAGGUCUGGGAAAAGACACACAACGGCCGAAGCCCCUACGCGAACGGAUACGGCUACUCCGACACCAGCCGCUACGAUCGCGGUGAUGGCGGGUACGGCAGCAACGGGAGCAACGGGAGUAAUAGCUUGGGGAUGAAUGGAUAUGGAGGAGGAGGGGGGGGAGGCGGUGGUGGCGCCGGAGGUAGCAGCGGUGCAUCAGGGGGCCGCGAUCUCCGGCCUGGAGGCUAUGGUGGCUUCUACCCGGAGGCGUCGCAGUCGUCCUUGUCGCCGGCUCAAUCCCCGGAGCGACGCCGUGACCGAUGGGAUCGCGACCCCGAGCAUUCGUCGUCGCGGUCCAGAACCAGGGAGGGCGAUGCCGAGAGGGCGACGUUGGGCUCUCGAGACGGUCGGGCGCGUGGGGACACGAGUUGGUUGGGAGGCAGCAGCAGCCGCGAACGCGAACGGGAACGCGAACGAGAACGAGAACGAGAGCAUAGGGUAAUGAACACUGCUGGACGCGCGGGGGCGCAGGGAGGAGGCUCUCAGGCCAUUGAAGAUGUGUUGCAGAUGGUUCAACGGGAAUGGGACUUCGUGGCUUCUGAAAGUUGUAUUCCGGUGCAGGUGGCGCUGCAACUGAUGGACACGAGCACGUUGGGCAAGGCUGAGCGUGAACCGGAGUUCCUGGAGAUCCAUGACCAGAUACAGCGGACGCUGAAGUCGGUCGUUAAUGAACACCAUCAGGGCUUCAACAGUUCUAUCGGUACAUACCAUAAGAUCCAGACCAGUAUCCAGACGUCACAGACUCGUGUGCGGAACCUGAAGAACGCCCUUGAGGGAGCAAAAUCGGGCUUACUGUCCACUAAGCCCGAGCUGAAAGGGCUGGCUACCUCUUCGCAAAAGUACGACGAUAUCAUCCAGCUCUUCAGCCAGAUCCAGGAGAUCCAAUCGCUGCCGGAGAAGCUGGAGUCCCGCAUCUCCGACAAGCGUUUCCUUGCCGCCGUUGAAGUGUUGCAUGACGCACUACGGCUGUUGCGGCGCUCUGAACUCGAGAACAUCGGGGCGCUGGCGGACAUUCGCGCGUACUUCGGUAGCCAGGAGGCUUCUUUGACGGAUAUCUUGAUUGAAGAGCUGCAUGAUCAUCUGUACCUGAAAUCUCCUUACUGCGCCAAUCGAUGGAAACCCCCAACUGCCGAGGGAGAGGGCAACGGUGUCAAUGCAUCCAGCUGGUCUGGUAACAACGCCUGGGAACGCCCGGUCUACAACUUCUUGGCCAAGCUGGAUGCCUCUAACCCGAUGGUGGAGGAUGCUUCUCGGAAUCCCGAAGCCGACACAUUCUACUACAUUCAGUUACUUAUAGAAGCGCUCAACAAGAUGGGUAAUCUUGACAUCGCGGUCGAUCGGAUCGAGCAGAGGCUCCCCGUCGAAUUGUUCUCCGUUGUGGACAAAACGAAUGCCGAGAUCGACGCACGUUACCCUGAGUUGUCUACCCGUGGCUUUGCAGCCCAAGACAGCAGAAGCGGCGUGGCAUCGAAGGCCAUCGAGAAGCGUGGUCACGUGCUGACCGAGUUCUUGUGGACAUUGUAUGCCAAAUUCGAGUCUAUUGCUGAGGGCCACCGUGUCGUCCAUGACGUGAUCGCAGCCAUUGUUACACGAGAGGGCAUCCCGAAGAGCAACACGCUUGCUGGUGGGUUCAAGGAGCUUUGGAAGCUUUACCAGAGCGAGAUUCGCUCGCUCUUGCAUGACUACCUGGCUACUGAUGGAGAGUACCGACCCAGGGAUGAAGACGACGCUAGGCGUCAAAUGUACACGGGCAUGCGAGACAAGAACAAAAAAAUGUUCAAGCUGUCGGAAACAGAUCAAACCACAGAAAUCCAAGCCGAGCAGUCUGAACUGGACGAGAUUCUCAGGUCAUCUGUGCCGGGCUUGGUGACCAAGUCUAAUCAGAAAUUCGCAGUGACUGAUACCUCUGAUGCCAGGCAAGGCAACUCGGGUACUGGUCACAAGAUCCUCAUUGAACCGAGUGUAUUCAAUAUCAGUCUCGUGCUGCCACCCUCUCUUUCUUUCAUUCAACGGCUGAAGGAGAUCGUGCCGGUAGAUUCGGAUCUCGCGAUGACCACAUUGACCUCCUUCCUAGAUGACUUCUUGGUCAAUGUAUUCUUGCCCCAACUCGAUGAUACAGUCACAGACCUCUGCACUCUCACUAUCGUCUCGCCCGAUGCAUUCACAGAAGACCCCCAAUGGUCCACCGUCUCGCCCCGGCCGGUCUUCAAGGUACUUUUUCUGGCAUGGACAUUCCGAGCUUUGUUACUGACUGCGUUUCAGGGAGCGGUCAAGCUCAUGUCAAUCAUUCAAGACUUUAGCAAGAUGCUAUCCAGUAUCCCUCCUGAUCAAGCCUUCACACAGCUGCUUCUUACUCAGAUCGUGACUUACUACGAUAAGUGUUGUGGAUGGUACAAAUCAAUUGUGACCAAGAAGUCUCCGCGAGACAAGGGAGAGCCCCGGCUCAAGGCCGCUGCAGGCUUUGCUGAGGCUGGAGACGUUCAUGAUGUCGUUGCCGAGCUCUGGAGAAACGAAACGAGUGAUAAAUGGACACUUGUCGAUAAGGAAAUCGAGCUGCUUCUCCAGCUGACCUCCGAGGUCCCGUUAGAGCCUUACGACAUCGUGUCAGACCCCAAAACCGUGGUGGCUCUGUCGCUUCUUCACAAUAGCAUGCAAUGGUUUGCGAGUCACCUGGCCCAGCUGCGCCAAAUCAUCCCGACCUCGGAAGCUCGACGCCCGGAAACUGGGCCUCCUAACCGUCGUUGGACCUUGAUCGGGGCAAUGAAGUCCAAGGUCGAUGGUGUCAGUCAGCCGAUAUAUCUGCCCUUGAGCCAAGAAACAGCAACCAUCUUCGACAACACUCUUGGAUCACUGCGCGAACUGGCAUACACUGCUCUGUUCGCCCUCCACAUCGAUUGUCGGUGUGGCGUCAUCCAUAUGCUGAAGAAGACGAUGGCAGGGCCCAAUCCUCGAAACUCGCGCGCUUCUGAGCCUACGACGCCGUCUCCCAGCAGCACCACUCACUGGUGGCAUAUUCUGAUGAAUCAGCCCACUGCUGCAUCGCCCACGAUUCUAGAGUUGAAUGGUGAUCUGAUCGGCUUCGACAGUAACAUAUCCACUUACCUCGGAUCAUCGGAGAGAUGGUUCAUUACCUCUGGGCUUGCUCGCUUCAUCGACCAGACAUUUGUGGCGAACACCGGCCUGAUCGGCGCUAUGAACGAGAACGGAGCCUUGCGCCUCCAAUUGGACGUUCUCGUCUUGCAACAGAACCUAAAGAACAUUAUCAUCGAUCCGAUGCAGGACCCGGCUCAUGACGGAACCACCAGCCCCCACGAGGAGCACCACGAGGUGGUCGCGCUCCCGCGCAGCGCCAAGUUCCUGGACUGGUUCCUCGAGGGCGCCGAGAAAGCCCUAGACUACGCCAAGGAAGAGAAGGAAUCCUUUGCUGCCCAUGGAGAGAAAGCGCUGGCCGCUGGAAACGGAGAACCCUUCACGUACGAAGAGCUCAAAAUCCUCAUUGAUCUCUGCUUCUCGGAUGCUUUGCUCGGACCCAGAGGAGCGGACAACCGGGAGGAAUUUAUGGCUGCCAAGAAGGCCAGUGCGGAUGCUCUGCUGAGAUUGAAUGAGGUGAUGUGGGAUUCCAAGUAGGCGGAGUGCACAUCAUGGAUAUGAUCCACACUGCGAUGCGAAAUAUAAAUUCUUCUUCAUUUCCAUAAUUCGACGUUGUGCUGUAGCCCCAGGGGGUAUCCUAAAUGAUGGGAGGCCAGAACGGGAUGGACCGACCCACUUGCCAGAUGCUCCGAAAUUGUCCAGAAUUUUUUUUCUCAUCCAAGCAGUGACCAGUCGUUUGACGCCAAGCACAAUUUCAGGAGAACAUGUCUCUUGGGGUGGACCGUGAAUUUUUGAAUGUGAACAAUGAACAUCAACUCAGAA